AUGGCGCCCGUGCAAGCACCACCCACCCAAGACCCUCUUGACAAUCUUGACCGCAAGCGUCUGCCCGAACUCCAAUACCUCAGCACCUACUGUCCCUUCAGUCUCAACUCUCAGCCCUGUCCUCACGGCUCGAAGUGUACACUCAAGCGUGUCUGCUACGUAUGCAAUUAUACUUCCAUCACUCUCCGCUCUUCACUCAACUCACAGUCUUCUAGGNUUCUCUGCGCUUUCCGCACCAAUCAAGGAUAUUGUGAUGGUCACCACGAUGUUGCUGCCAUCUGCGAGCAGUUUCUGACCGACAAGGGUUGCAAGUACAGAAAAGAGGGUGAUCAUCCUUGGUUCGACAAGAGUCAUGAUGUUGAGUUGAGAACUUGCAUGGAUGUCAUGGUCAAGCCUCAUCGUUUGGGUCUUUAUGGUGUGCAGCACUUUUGA